AUGUCCAAAGACGAUGAGCCUUCGUACAUUGACUAUGAAGCCUUCCUCGAUCCAGACUUCUCAGCGACGUCAUUCGCCAACACACUUGUCCUCUCGACCAACAACGCCUCGGACACGCCGCUAGAUCUGUCCACACCACUGUCGCGUGUCCUCUUCGACGUUCAGGAAGUCGACACGCACAUCGACACGCUGACUACCAAAUCGGCGCUGCCCCUACUAGAGCACACUCGAGAACAUGCCGCAUCGAGCCGACACAUCUUGCACGAGGUGGAGGGACAGGUUGCCAGUUUGACUGAGUCGUACAAAACAUUGGAGAAGGAGGUCAUUGAGCGCUACGAGGUCGCUGAGCAGGUGCGACUAACAGCCGAAAGACUCUGCGAGACGGUCAAGCUGGGGAGAGCAGUCGCGCGAUGUCUCAUGCUAGGAAGGCAGCUCGAGGUGCGCAUGUCAGAACUGGGCGGUGUUGGCAGCGCAAAGAGGGAGGACCAUAGAGCCAUGGUGCGCUCGGCAGACACGAUGCUAUCCCUGCGCCAAUUGUUUGCCGCUUCAAAGCCAGGCGAAGAGGGAGAAGGUCUGGAGAGGGUCAACGUGGUGAACACACUCAAGAACGAGCUCAUCAACCCAGGCGAGCGCAGCAUCGCGUCGCGGGCUCAGCAGGUAGUCAAGGAGUUUUCCAUGUCCUCGCUACUAUCUUCAUCAGGCCAGACUCCGGCAUCCACCUUUGCGCAAACUGAGGACACCAAGUCGAGAACCACGUCUGCACUGCUCACUCUCUACCUCCUGUCGCCGCUUCCCACAAAGACAUCAACCACCGAGACGACAUUUGACCCGACGCUCAUGCUCAAUCCGCUGCAGGAAUAUCUCCAGACGCAGCUGAAAUCGUCCCUCGCAUCACUUGCACGAGCCUUGGGCCAGCUUCCCACCUUGGACCGCACGCUGCUCGAGAUAUCUGCGCGGUGUCAGAACAUCGUAGCGCUACAAUCACUGCUCGAAAGCAUCAAGCCGCCUGUGCAUCCGCUACUCGACCCCUCGCAUGUCCCGACCUUUGCCAAUUUUCUACAACCUCUUCUCCAAGCGCUCGAUACUUCCUCUCUACCCAGCUACUUUUGGAGAACCCUCGCUUCCAACAUGUCACCAAGAGUUCAGGAGCUCAUGAACAAGGGUGGUGUAUCCGCGCGGACGCUGAGGAGCAAUAAAAAUGCAGUUGGUGAUUCAGUUCGGGAAUGUGUGAGUCGCGGCAGUCAAUUGGCGGGAGCGUUAUCGAGUAAGGGUGUAGCUGUGACUUGGGAGAGAGAGGCUGCCGUUAUGGUUAGGAGUAUAACAGGACAGAUCAAAUGA